UUGAGGAUCAGGGAGGGGUUGGUUUAUGGUCAGGAAGUGUGUGCAACAAGCGAAAACAGAAGGUAAACUGUCGGGAUUUGCGCUUCGAUAAGUCGAAACGUUGAAGUGAAUUAUGACUUUUAAGGCCGACGGCACGCAAAGAUGCAAUGGAGGUCAAUAGUCGUGGGCCUUCUCGUUUUGAGGUUGGUUGUGAGUUGCGCCCUGUGGCUAAUAUUCGGACUGGGUCCCAGCUGGGGCUUCGACUUCCCCAUAAAAUUCACGUUCAGCUUGCAUAAAAUUGAACUUCUCCAGAAUGCAGAACAAGCCACGACCAAACCCACCGCCUGGUCGCAACACAUGUACGAGGACAGAAACCCGCAACCGAAGACCUGCUCCAAGAUAAGCGGCGAUUCACCAAAGAAAUUUUAUCUUAGUUUUCUUCGGGAUGCCAGAGAUGAGUACGAUAAAAAGUACAGCUCGUUCCCUGACGCGCUCAAAGUCAAGAUGAGGGGGAUGGCGAGGGAUAUGUUUUAUUUUGGAUAUGAUAACUACAUGAAGUUUGCAUUUCCUGAGGAUGAACUCAACCCUAUAGCUUGUGAAGGUCGAGGGCCUGACGUGCUUAACCCGUCAAAUAUCAACAUCAAUGAUGUCCUUGGAAACUACUCUCUGACUCUCAUUGAUGCUCUUGAUACACUGUUGGUUCUUGGAAAUGUGACCGAAUUCCACCGAGCCGUCAAGCUGGUUAUUGAUACGGUCUCCUUUGACAAGGACUCCACCGUACAAGUCUUCGAGGCCAACAUUAGAAUCCUUGGCAGUUUAAUCUCAUCCCACAUUCUGCUCACUGACCCUCGUCAGCCGUUUGGUGACAUUGAACUGAAGGACUAUGACAAUGAACUUCUUCAUCUUGCACAUGACCUGGCUGUGCGACUGCUGCCUGCAUUUGAGAACACUAGCACAGGCAUCCCCUACCCCAGGGUGAAUUUAAAGAAGGGCGUCCCACCUGACAGCAUCAAUGAGACCUGUACUGCAGGAGCGGGCUCGCUGCUUGUCGAGUUUGGCAUUCUGAGCCGUCUAGUUGGCGACUCUACAUUUGAAUGGGUCGCCCGGCGGGCUGUUAAAGCCUUGUGGGACUUAAGAAGCAAUGAAACCGGAUUGCUGGGGAAUGUGGUGAACAUUCAAACUGGCCAGUGGGUUGGGAAGCAGAGUGGUCUUGGUGCCGGCAUGGAUUCGUUUUAUGAGUAUCUUCUCAAGUCUUACAUCUUGUUUGGAGAGAAGGAAGACUACAAGAUGUUCACUGCGGCUUACGAGAGCAUUCAGAGCCACCUGAGAAGAGGAAGGGAGGCAUGCAAUGAAGGAGAGGGCGACCCACCUCUGUAUGUAAAUGUGAACAUGUUUAACGGACAGAUCAUGAACACAUGGAUCGACUCCCUGCAGGCCUUUUUCCCAGGACUACAGGUUUUGAAUGGAGAUGUUGAAAACGCCAUUUGCCUUCACGCCUUCUACUAUGCAAUCUGGAAGCGUUUCGGAGCCCUUCCUGAACGAUACAACUGGCAGCUUCAGGCCCCAGAUGUGCUUUUCUACCCUUUAAGGCCUGAACUAGUAGAAUCAACGUACCUGCUUUAUCAGGCUACCAAGAACCCUUUUUAUCUUCACGUCGGGAUGGACAUUCUCGAAAGCCUUGAAAAGAAUACCAAAGUCAGGUGUGGUUAUGCUACGCUCCAUCACGUGGUGGAUAAGUCCAAAGAGGAUCGCAUGGAGAGUUUCUUCCUUAGCGAAACCUGCAAAUACCUUUACCUGCUCUUUGAUGAAGACAACCCACUGCACAAGUCUGGUUAUAAAUACGUCUUCACUACAGAGGGCCAUGUAGUGCCAAUAGAUCAGCGAUUCAGGCAGAAGAGCUGGGAAGAGCAGGUUCCCUGUGAAGAGCCCAGAAAUGAGCCAAAAGCCAAUACAAGCAACUGUGAACGGAUUUCUGAAGAGCGACGUUUCAGUCUUCCGCUAAAGAGCAUGUACAUGCGGCAGAUUGACCACAUGGUGGGGCUGUCUUGAUGUCAGUGCGCGCCCUGGAGGCCUCAACACUUUAGGAACCCCCUGGUGGGGUUCAGCAAGUCUGCGAACUGAAAACUUAAGUUUCUUUUGCACAGGAAGUGGUGAGAAUAUUAACUGAACACCGGUACCAGUCAUUCUUUUUUUUUUUUUGUGGACACGACAUGAUGUGGACCAUGUUUGGAUGUUUUUAUCCAUCCAGCGAAGGUCGUCCUCAUGAAAAGACACAAGAAAACAUUCAGGGUGAUCUGAGAUCUGUUCCGUUGUAAUACUGUUUUUGACCCUCUAGGUGGAUUCAUGUUUGUAUUGUGCAAUCUAGUGUGUUUACACACUGUUUCGCAACAAGUUUUCUACAGUGCCAUGUGUAAUGAAAACUUAGUAUUAUAAAGGGCUAUAAUGGGUCAAGAGAUGGUAUGUAUGUUUUAAAAUUCGUCUCAAGGAACAAACUCUUUCGUGAGCUUUAAACUAGAAAUACAGCCUUUUUUGUCUUAAUGCGUCUUUCUCGAAAACAAAUAACAGAUGGACUCAUUUAAUACAAUCUUUUCUUCUGUUCUGCAAUAUGAUCCAGUCUUCAAGUUGUCAUAUCUUGUGCCUUGCUGUUCAAGGUGGCAAUUUUCCAUUUGCAUGGUUUCAUUCACAUUUAUCCAGAUGUUUUUUCUUCAAAAUUGAUUAUGUAGCCUACAAUCUUAUAGUCAUCAGUUCUCAAGCAUACAAUAAUGUCAAUUAAAUCAAAUCUAGAAUUAGAUUUGAAACUUCAACGUCCUGGACCAAACAUUUAACAACAAACAGCAUGUGCCUUUUACAACUUUGGUUUAGUCCUCAGGGUCAUUAGUAUGUGAUUAUUGUUCAGUCACUAUACAGAGGUGAUUUUGCAAAUAUAGCAUUGAUUUUUAAACAAUGUUUACUCUUCUAAUGUUAUACCUUGUUGAAGGAAAUAUGUUCUGAACAAAGCCAUAAUAAGGGAUUAUGAGUGAUCAAUAUAAGAUGAUUUAAAUAAAUGUGUUUCUUUGAUUUACAUAUUAUAACAUAUUCAAAGGAUAUUCUCAGUAUUUAGGUAUAUUUAUGCAGAUUUGUUUUUAUCAGAUAUAAGUAUUCGAAGUAUGGUUGAUUAGAUUUACAUUGAAAGCGUAAAUCUACUUCGUUUCAUUGUUAUCUAACCAUUGGUCUUAAAAAGUUGACAUUGUGCAAAGUGUGAAUUUUAUCUAAUUAAAAUUGAAACAAUCACUCGCAAAA